UAGCAACUGUUAGACGCUAGGAACCAUGGCUAACUUUGUCCUAGCAGGAAAGGCAGAUUGUCCUUAUUAUGCCAAGGCUGAGCUUCUAGCAGAUUUGCUACAAAGCAUCCUGCCUGAUUUCCACAUUCAUAAAAUCUGCAUGCUGCCCAGUGCCUGGGAGAGCUGGCUUGAAGACACUUGCUCCUCCAACGGCUGGAAUCACGAGAGCAGCCCAGUGGUGUGGAGGGAGCUGACCGGCCGGGGCGGAAAGGGCAUGCUGCUCGGAGGGUUCAGUGAUUUUCUCGAAUAUGUACAGGGAUACCACGGUAUCACGUCAGACAUGGACACGGAGCAGAUGCUGAACGUUGCAGCGGAGAAUCUUCAGGCAACAGAGCUCCGCCUUCAGGAUGAAGAGCAACGUCGCAAACUCCACCGAUCUUUCCACAUCUGGAUCAGCAGUGCUCUAAACCCCAUCUGCUACCACCUCGUCCCAUCACUCUUCACAUCCGGCACAUUCUCCACUGUCCCCAGCAUCAGCCUCCACCUUCUGGACAUAGACGCCACCGAAGACUCUCUACUGGCUCUUAAAAUGGAGGUGGAGGACAUGGCUCUGCCGCAGCUCCACCAAGUCUCCGUCCACUCCGACCUGAAUCAGGCGUUCCAGUCAGCGGAUCUGAUCGUUCUCCUGGACGACCGGGAGCCGGACGAGGACCCGGAGCAGCGACUGAGCCGAGUGGUGGAGCGAUUCGAUCGAUACGGACGUCUGAUCGAGGACAACGCGCGUAAGGAUCUUCGAGUGCUGGUGGCAGGAGACGUCUCCAUCAACCUGAAGUGUGGCCUCCUGAUCGAGAACGUGCCCUCCGUGGACCCGCGCCGCUUUGUUGCCAUGGCAACGCAGCUGGAAGGAGAAGCGAGGACUCAGCUUGCCAUGCAGCUGUCUGUGAAAAGCCAAGAUAUCACUGACGUCAUCGUUUGGGGAAACAUCAGCGGUCAUUUCCACAUCGACCUACAGAGAGCGAAGGUGUACAGAUAUAAAGGUGCAAUCCGGGGACCUGAAGGAUUCUCUCAGAAUGUCCUGGAGAUAGUUUAUAAUAGAAAAUGGCUGAAGAACGAGUUCCAGAGCUUGGUCAGCUCGCGUCGAAGUGCCAUUUCUCUUAAAACUAACAGGACUGCAGCUAUUUCAGCGUCCAGAGGAAUCAUUACAGCUCUGGAUGCGUGGAUCAACGAUUAUUCCUCUCCUCAGGUCUUCUCACUGGGUGUGGUCAGUAUGGGGCACUUCGGUAUUCCUGCCGGUCUGGUUUUUUGCGUUCCCGUGACCUUCCAGAAGGGCGAGUGGUCAGUGUGUUCAGACGUCAUCAUCACUGAAAAGCUGCAGAGGAAACUGGAGGCUGCGGUUAAUGAGAUUAAAGCGGAGAAAACCACUGCAGCUGGAAUAAGGAUGAAAACUUCUGUUGCCUGAAAUCUUAAGGAGCAUCACAAUAAAAACGACUGUUUAUUUAUUUUUUUAAAACCCAAAAUAAAGCCCUGUUCAAUUGUGAAAAA